AUGAGUGCUGCUGCUGCAGCCACGACAUCGAACACUCGAGAGCAGGCCAUUAAUAGUUAUAUUGGUAAAGUAAAGGAGCAUAGAGAGCGCGAGGCCAGAUGCAAAAAACUUCGGGAGCAAAUCAAGGAAGUUGAAAAUGACUUCGAGACGUCGGAGGACCAUUUGAAGGCUCUCCAGAGUGUCGGACAGAUAGUCGGCGAGGUUCUAAAGCAGCUAGAUGAGGAGAGAUUCAUUGUAAAGGCAUCUAGCGGUCCUCGAUAUGUGGUGACCUGCAAGCAGCGAUUGGAUGCGGCCAAGCUGACCACAGGCACUCGAGUGGCUCUCGAUAUUACUACUCUUACUAUUAUGAAGGCGAUGCCGAGGGAGGUCGAUCCUUUGGUUUUCAGUAUGCUCAGUGAGGAUCCGGGUGAAGUGCGGUAUUAG